AAAGAGGGAAAAUCUCACUUGUUUUUUUUAAAAAAGAAACGUAUUUAUAAUAAUAAUCUUCAAAUAUGAUAUCCACUUCUGGUGGGUUGCUUGCUUCUGUAUCUGAAGAGUUGGCCACUUUUCUAAACCCAUUAAAAUAUUUUACCAAGCUUUUCAGACGGCAUGAUAUGAGAGGGAUCCCAUAAAUGGUGAUUUUGCAUGCUUUGUCGGCCAUUUUCAUCUUUUAUUUUCUUCUCAAUCACAUAAAUUGUUAACUAAAUGAUUGUGUUUUUUUAACAAUUUUAUUUAGAUGGGAUUUUCAGUCUUCCUCUUAAUCAUCACAUAAAGUUUAUUCUAAUUUGAUUUCUUCAACAAUAAUUUUCAAAUUGGAUAAAGUUUUUGAGUGAAAUUUCAUCAAAGUCAAAUACUUUCUUCUGCCUAAAAAUCAUUUUUGUGGGAAAGUUGAAAACUUUUUGCCUAAAAAAGUUUUUUUAAGGUAUGCAAAUUCUAUUCUUUCCUACACCAUUGACUUCAUUUUCAAUGAAUUUUUCACAAACAGUUUUGAUUGCAGAACUUUGGGAUGAUUAAAUUGGGUUUAUUUUGUAUGUAAAUAACUAUAAUCUUAAUUUUUUGUAAUUUUUAUGUAAUAUUUUCAGUUUUUCUCUUAGGUGAAUUGUGAACUGGGUUGUAUUGAUUUUGGGGUUUUGAAACUAACUUUGUAAUGGGUAGUUUAAACUUGUCAAAUCAUUACAAGAUUUUGAUUGUAUUUCUUGUUGUAAAUACUCUUUUGAGUGAUCAAACAAAUGCCCUUAAUUUGGAGGGUCAGUACCUUUUAGAUUUGAAGAGUAAAGUAAUUGAUAAAUUUGAUGAUCUGGGUAAUUGGAAUCCAAUGGACCAAAACCCUUGUAAAUGGAAAGGUGUAUUAUGUAGUAAUGAUAGUAACCCAGUUGUAGAAUCUCUUAAUUUGAGCAAUAUGAAUCUAACUGGAUCAAUUUCUCCUAGUAUUGGUGGAUUGGUUCAUUUGAUUCAUCUUGAUCUGUCCUUUAAUGGGUUUUAUAAGGACAUACCCAAAGAAGUUGGGAACUGUUCCAAUCUUCAAACUCUAUCUUUGCAGAACAAUCGUCUUGAAGGAAACAUCCCUAAAGAGUUGUGCAAUUUGUCAGCUUUGACCUAUUUGAAUGUCUGCAACAACAAGCUUUCUGGCCCUAUUCCUGAGGUGCUUGGUAAUAUGUCUUCUUUGUCAGAGUUUGUGGCAUACACUAACAGUCUCAGCGGUCCGUUGCCUCGUUCCAUAGGGAACCUGAAGAACUUGAGAAGGUUUAGAGUGGGGCAGAAUUACCUUUCUGGUAGUAUUCCUGCAGAAAUUGGUGGAUGUGACAGUAUGGAGUUGUUUGGUCUUGCUCAAAAUCAUUUGAGUGGGAACAUCCCUAAAGAGCUCAGUUUGCUAAGCAACUUGACUGAGUUGGUUCUUUGGGGUAAUCAGUUAUCAGGGACUAUUCCGUGGGAGCUUUCGAAUUGCACGUAUUUGCAAACUCUUGCUCUCUAUCAGAACAAUCUUGUGGGUGAAAUACCUAAGGAGCUUAUGAAUCUUAAGUUCCUUAAUAGUUUGUACCUAUACAGAAAUGCUCUGAAUGGGACUAUUCCAAGAGAGAUUGGGAGUCUUUCUGCAGCAAAAGAAAUUGAUUUUUCAGAAAAUUUAUUGACUGGAGAAAUUCCUACUGAAAUUAGUAAGAUUGAAGGGCUGGAAUUGCUGUACCUGUUUGAGAAUCAGCUGACUGGUGUGAUCCCUGAGGAGCUUACAAACUUGAAGAAUCUCAGUAAAGUCGAUCUCUCGAUAAAUUUUCUGACAGGUACAAUUCCUGUAGGAUUUCAGAAUUUGCCUCAGCUCCUGAUGUUGCAGCUUUUCAACAAUUCUCUUGGAGGUACAAUUCCUCAGGAGCUUGGAUUGCGUAGCCGGCUGUGGGUUCUUGAUCUCUCCUCGAAUAAUCUGACAGGAAGAAUUCCUCAGAAUCUUUGCAGAAACUCUAACUUAAUUUUGUUAAAUCUUGGUGCAAACAAGCUUUCAGGAAAUAUCCCAUCUGAUAUCAUCAGCUGCACACCACUGGUUCAGCUUCGCCUGUAUGAUAAUCGUCUCACUGGAAGCUUUCCAACUGAUAUCUGCAAGUUAGUGAACCUCACUGCGGUUGAAUUGGGAGUAAAUCAUUUCAGUGGUCCAAUCCCACCUGAGAUUGGAAACUGCAGGAACCUACAAAGGCUUCUAUUGGCGUACAACCACUUCACAUCGGCUUUGCCUGCAUCAAUUGGCAAGAUUACGCAGUUGGUGUCCUUUAAUGUCUCAUCAAACUCACUCAGUGGACCUCUACCAUCUGAUAUCUUCAAAUGCAGCUUGCUACAACGUCUUGAUCUCAGCAGGAACAAUUUUGUAGGCACCUUGCCUGAUGAAAUCGGAACUCUUUCUCAUUUGGAGCUUCUCAAGCUUUCUGACAACAGGUUCUCAGGUAGAAUACCUGCAGUUAUAGGGAACCUCCCUCGUUUAUUCGAGUUGCAGAUGGGUGGAAACUUGUUUUCUGGAGAAAUCCCUCCAGAAUUGGGUAGUUUAUCAAGCCUUCAAAUUGGUUUGAAUAUAAGCUACAAUAAUCUAUCUGGGAAGAUCCCCUCAAAGCUCGGAAAUCUUGCAUUGCUUGAAUAUCUCUACAUCAAUAACAAUCAGUUGAUUGGCCAAAUUCCUACCUCAUUGCAGAGACUAUUAAGUUUACUCGGGUUCAACUUUUCUUACAAUGACCUCAGUGGUCCUAUACCUUCUAUGCCUGUUUUUCAGGGUGCAGCUCUUUCUAGUUUUGCUGGCAACAAGGGUCUCUGUGGCGGGCCUCUUGGUCCUUGCAGUAACAUCGACUCUUCACUCUCAAUUCCUGGUAAUUCUGGAAAGGGUGGUUUCCGUCUUGGUAAAAUUGUUGCUAUAAUUUCAGCUGUUAUAGGUGGUGUUUCUCUAUUCUUCAUUGUGGUGAUUUUAUACUUAAUGACUCGCCCAGUCGAUAUUGUUACCCCACUGGAGGAUAAGUCCCUCAGUGAUAUAGAUUCAGAUAUGUACUUCUUUCCAAAGGAAGGAUUUACUUUUGAAGACCUUCUUGCAGCCACUGAUGAUUUUCAUGACCGAUUUGUGAUUGGUAGUGGAGCUUGUGGGAAAGUGUACAAAGCAGUUUUACCUUCUGGUAAAACUUUUGCUGCAAAGAAGCUGGCAUCAAAUAAAGAAGAUGGAAACAUCAAUGACAGCUUCAGGACAGAAAUUUCGACUUUAGGUAAAAUCAGGCAUCGAAAUAUUGUAAAGUUGCACGGCUUCUACUUUCAUGAAGGUGCCAAUGUUCUCCUUUAUGAGUUCAUGCCAAGGGGUAGCCUCGGAGAACUUCUUCAUGGGCAUUCCUAUAAUCUUGAUUGGCAAACACGGUUUCUCAUUGCCUUUGGUGCUGCACAAGGUCUCUCUUAUUUGCACCAUGAUUGUAAGCCUCGAAUUAUUCAUCGUGACAUAAAAUCCAAUAACAUACUACUAGAUGAGAAUUUUGAGUCUCAUGUUGGAGAUUUUGGCUUGGCAAAAGUAGUUGACAUGCCAUAUUCUAAGUCAGUUUCUGCGAUUGCUGGAUCAUAUGGAUACAUUGCUCCCGAAUAUGCAUACACUAUGAAAGUCACAGAAAAAUGUGACAUAUAUAGCUACGGCGUGGUCAUGCUGGAGCUGUUGACAGGAAAAACCCCUGUACAGCCAAUCGACGAUGGGGGUGAUCUGGUUUCGUGGGUCAGAAACUAUGUCAAGAAGAACUCAUUAUCGACUGGUAUUUUUGACACUAGAUUAAACUUACAAGAUGAUAGUGUUGUUGCUCAUAUGACAAUGGUCUUAAAGAUUGCUUUGUUGUGUACUAGUAUGAAUCCUCACGACCGCCCCACAAUGAGGGCUGUUGUGUCAAUGCUCAUUGAUUCUAAUGAUCAAGAAGGUCACUAUAAUCUCUUCCCAAGUAGGGAUGUAAGUUAUAAAGACGAACCAUUAGAGUCGUAGAUUUUUACUCUUUUUUCAGAUCAGAUUUUCUUUUGUAUCUAGAAAUUAUAGUUGUUUAGCAGGGCAGAAUAUCCUUGUAUCAAUUACAAUAAGCGGCUAAGCUAUCCAAAAAAAUUGUAUAUAUAUGAAAUAAUGAGGUCCAUAUUGCUUGAAAAUUCAGCUUAUUAACAAGAUUACAUCUUACAUUA